CUUCAAUUCAUUCAUUCUCAUUCCAUUUUUAUUCGAUCGAGGCAGAGGAGAAAAACAACAAUGGUGCACACCAGUCUUGUUGGCAGGCCAAUUUAUAUUUAUGGUCAUGUUGUUGUGCUCGUAACUCUCAUUCUGGUUCAAGUUCUGUUUGAUUCUUUCAUGGCUUCUGUGAGUGCCAUAGAUGUGUCCACUGCGAUCCUCGUUCGAGUCGAUCAAUCGGGGAGAGGAGAUUUUAGGAAGAUACAAGAUGCCAUUGAUUCUGUUCCUUCACGUAACAAUCAAUUGUUCGUCAUUUUGGUCAAUCCAGGAACCUACAGAGAAAAGAUUGUAGUUCCAGCUGACAAGCCAUACAUAACAUUGACUGGAACAAAAACCUCCAGCACCAUAAUCACAUGGAAUGAGGGAGGAGACAUAUUUCAAUCUCCCACAGUCACAAUCUUUGCUUCCAAUUUCGUCGGUCGACACCUUACAAUUCAGAACACAUUUGGAGCUGCUGGAAAAGCUGUGGCACUAAGAGUAUCAGGAGACAGAGCUGCUUUUUAUGGAUGUAGAAUUAUAUCUUAUCAAGACACACUACUGGAUGAUGUUGGAACACACUACUACAGAAAAUGUUACAUAGAAGGAGCAACUGAUUUCAUAUGUGGAAAUGCUUUGUCCUUGUUUGAUAAAUGCCAUAUCCAUUCAGUUUCGCGAGAUUAUGGAUCCAUUACUGCUCAGCAUAGAGUUUCGGAGUCGGAAAAUACAGGGUUUAGCUUUGUGGGUUGCAGGAUUUCUGGUGUUGGACCUGUUUUCCUUGGAAGACCAUGGGGUGCUUAUGCAAGAGUGGUUUUUUCAGUAACUUAUAUCCCUAGUGUGAUUGUUCCACAAGGUUGGGAUAAUUGGGGUGGAGACAAAACAAAGCAAAGUACUGCAUAUUUUGGAGAAUAUGAUUGUUAUGGUCCUGGAGCUGGUAGAACGGAUAGGGUUCAAUGGUCACAAGGCCUAUCAGAUGUCGAUGCCACGCCAUUCAUGAGUAAGAAUAUGAUAGAGGGAGGCAAUUGGCUUCGGCCUAUGCCGGCAAAAUUUAUAAGACGAUCCAGUAAACUUAUCGCUGCGAAUGUUAAUGGCAACUAUUAGAAGAAAAUUCUGAACAACGUAAAUGUUUUCCAAGACUAUGGAUGGACUUUAUAAGUUUUUCUUAUAGACAUACAAAGCUGUUGUGAUAGCUACUGGAAGAAGUGCUAUUUUGUGUUGGGUAGA